CUUGCUAAGAUGCCGGAAUUUAAAAAAAGUAAUGCACUCAUGGCUAACGUCACCGCAACAUCGUACGUUAUCAAGGGCUUGAAGCACUACACUAGAUAUUUUAUCCAAAUUACCGUAUGUCAAGAUCCCACUGCUCCAGAGACACAUUGCUCCACGAGGAGAGCCUGGCAAUAUGUUCGAACCAAGCCGAUUGUUGAUGCGGAUCGCGUAGACAACAGCACUAUCAAUGUUGAAAUACUCAACGGCACAUCGAACAUCAGAAUCACCUGGAUGAAUCCGGUCGAUCCAAAUGGCUUGAUCGUUGCGUACAAAGUGAAAGUCAUUAACACCGCCAAGCAAUCGACGCCUGUCGAUCAAUGCAUUCCUGUAUCAUCCGAAUGGAAUCCGGCAGUGAAUGGUGCAGUGUUUGAGGGGUUGAAUGAUGGAGAUUAUCGGUUAGUUUAA